GUGGAGCUGCUCAAGCUCGACGUUGAGGGGUCCGAGGGCGGCGCGCUGCGCGGCGUCGCGGACGAGGACUGGCGGCGCAUCAGGCAGGUUGUGGUGGAGGUGCAUGGCGGCUCGGCGCGGGGGGAGGUGGAGGCGCUGCUGCUCCGCCGCUUCGGCCGCGUGCGGUACACCGCCGACGAGGAG